AUGCUAGCUUCAAUAGUGGGGGCAUCCCCUAAGUGUCUUGAAAAAUCCAUAACACCUCUCAAGCUUAAUGGUAGCUCUGUCAGUGCCCUUAUUGAUACUGGGAGUUCAGACAGCUUUGUGCGUCAUGAUGUAGUGGACCUAAACAAACUAACUAUGUCUCCAGAGCAUGGAAAAGUCUCUAUGGCUGAUGAAUCCCUAUCCUCAAACAUCUUAGGUCUGUGCACUGUGGACUUGGAGUUGCAAGGAGAGACUUAUCACGGUGUUGAACUCAAGGUGUUACAAAGCUUAUGUAGUGAUGUGAUACUAGGGCAUGACUUCCUGAGGAUACAUUCUGGUCUGGAAAUGGAUUUUGGAGGAGAAAAACCUCCCUUGAAGAUAUGUUCACUAGGUGUUGUUAAGGUGACCCCUCCUUUCCUUUUCAAGAACCUGACACCAGACGGUAAACCAGUGGCUAAUAAGUCAAGAUUAUACUCCUUGAGUGACAAGAAGUUCAUUGAAGCCAAGACUGAGCAUAUGAUGUCGGAAGGAAUAAUAAGGCCUAGUAAUUCUCCUUGGAGGGCUCAAGUGCUGGUUGCAAUAAGAGAAGAAGAGAGACCGUACACUGCAUUUGAAGCUGGGGGCAAACUUUAUGAGUUCAGUCGCAUUCCAUUUGGAGUGAAAAAUGGAGUAGCAGCUUUUCAACGUGUGCUUGACGAAAUCCUUAAGAAAGAAAAAGUAAGUGGUACUUUUGCUUAUGUUGACAAUGUUACUGUGUGUGGUGAGACAGAGGAGGAGCAUGACCAGAAUUUACGGAGGUUUUUGAAGAUGGCUGAGGAGUACAAUCUCACUCUAAACCACAACAAGUGUGACUUCAAAGUCAGAUCCAUUAAAUUACUUGGGUAUUCAGUAACGGAUGGGAAAAUCAAACCUGAUCCAGAACGCUUGCAACCACUGUGGAAUCUUUCACCCCCUAAAGAUGCAGCUUCUCUUUGCAUGACCAUGGGAUUGCUUGCACAUUACUCAAGAUGGAUACCAAAAUUUUCAGAGAAAAUCCGCCCUCUCACACAAGCCAAUGGUUUUCCUUUAUCGACUGAAGCACUGCUAGCUCUCGGGAACUUGAAGAAAGACAUUGCUAGUGCGGUGGUAACGGCCAUUGAUCCCUCCUCUCUUUUCACUGUGGAAACGGACGCCUCUGAUCAUGCGAUAGCAGCUACUCUGACACAGAAUGAUCGCCCAGUGGCUUUCUUUUCCCGCACUCUGACUCGCAGUGAACAAGGACAUUCCUCAGUGGAAAAGGAAGCUUAUGCCAUAGUGGAGGCAUUGAGGAAGUGGAGACACUACUUAAUUGGACACCACUUCAAGCUCAUCACUGACCAACUAAAAAUAAAGAAUGACAAAAUAGCAAGGUGGCGAGUUGAACUCUCAUGUUUUCACUAUGACAUAGUAUACCGUCCAGGAACAGAAAACAUACCAGCUGAUGCUCUCUCCCGCAUCUGUGGUGCCACUACUUCUGAUAAACUCCGAGAACUUCAUGAAAUCCUAUGUCACCCUGGGAUAUCUCGCAUGAUGCAUUUUGUCCGGGGGCAGAAUCCACCUUACUCGGUAGAAGAAGUGAGGAAAAUUACCACCUCUUGCCAAGUGUGUUUAGAGCUCAAACCUCAAUUCAUCAAAUCCUCGGGACAACUGAUCAAAGCAACCCAGCCUUUCGAGAGGUUGAACUUAGAUUUCAAAGGCCCAGUUCCCUCUCAAUCUAGAAACAAGUACCUCCUCACUGUUGUGGAUGAAUUUUCAAGGUUCCCGUUUGUUUUCCCUUGUGCUGAUAUGACCACUAGAACUGUCAUCAGUUGUUUGGUGCAACUUUUUGCUUUGUUUGGCAUUCCAGCGUACAUCCACACUGACAGGGGUGCAUGUUUUAUGUCUGAAGAGCUGAAGGAUUUCCUGAUGAAGAAAGGUGUAGCUACCAGUCGCACUACUUAUAACCCUAAAGGGAAUGGUCAGGCUGAAAAAUAUAACGGAGUUAUAUGGAAAACUCUGACAUUAGCCCUUAAGACAAGGAACCUUGAUGUGUCUCAGUGGGAAACUGUUCUCCCAGAUGCUCUCCAUUGUAUACGCUCCUUGUUGUGCACUUCCACGAACUGUACUCCUCAUGAGCGCCUUUUCCUGCAUAGUAGAAGGUCCACCACCAGCCAAUAGUUGCCUACUUGGCUCAUCCAAGGAGGGCCUGCUCUCCUGAGAUGCCAUGUAAGAUACAGCAAGAACGACCCCUUGGUGGAUGAGGUUGAAAUCGUAGAGGCGAACCCCGAAUAUGCGCAUGUGAAGCUUCCAGAUGGUAGGGUGACUACGGUUUCAUUAAGACAUCUUGCUCCUAUGGCUAGUGACAACCGUGAAAGUAGAGAUGCUGGGGUUCCUGUAUCUCAGUCCGAGAUUCCUGAGGAAUUGUCAGCUGCAAAUGCUCCUCAGGAGAUUGCACGCAGUCUCUCCCAUGUGGAUAUUGCUUCUCAGCAUGACACUCUUCAGGAAUCCCGUACAGUCCCUCAACAGGUAGCCUCACCUCCUCCACUUCGAAGGCUGACCCUACCACCUGUUGUGGAGUCUAUUGUGUCUCUGGGGACGUCCAUGGGCUUGGAUGUGAGUGGCGAGGAUGUGGAAGAGCUAGUGGAUGCCCACAGGGAAGAGCUAACCAUAGGAGCUGCAGAUGUUGAAGAGACAGAGAAAAUGUCUUUGGGCGGUUUUGUUAUUUGGCAGGGGUCCAGUGACUCUCAAGCUAGUCAUAGUGCUCAGACAUUGCACUAA